UUAUUUAUUUUUUAUUUUCAAAUUAUGAAGGCAAAAUUAUGGCUUUUGAUGGCUUAUUGAUGGUCGUUUUUCCCCAGUCAGGAUCUGACAGUAUCACAUUAAUCUAUCCAAAGGAAAAUUGUAUAGAGGAAAUCUUUACAUGUCGUCUCAAGGAUCUGCCACAACUACAGAAUUACAGAUACAGCUAUAGCAGCGUCACAGUUAGGACAAGCCCAGAAAAUUAUGACUGUCAAAAUGAAAAACUUGGAGUUGGAAAAACAGAUGAACUGAAGACAGGAGUCUGUGGAAAAGACAUGAAAGGCACCAUAACUUACAAAUGUGAAUCAGGUUUUUGGAAACCAGUAGAGGACAACUGUGUACUUGGAGUUAUCGACAGUCUUAAAAACGAACUUACGUCCUUGCUUGUGGAGGAGAUUCCAGUGUUUAUAGCUGACCUCAGUUCUGCCACAGCACAGCAUGAAAUUAUUGUAAGCCAGUCUGCUGCUACUGUUCAAGCAAUUGUUGAUAUACUCUUUAACAUUGCUGAUUUGUCACAAUCAAUUUUCAUCAAUAAGCAAGUGAUGGAGAAUUUUCUAGCAACUGUGGACAUUAUUGUAUCAUUUAGUGUCAGUGAUACAUGGAACAAACUGAACAAAGGCAACAACACAAAAAACACCAGCAUUAAACUUCUGAGCGCUAUUGAGGAUAUAAGUGACCGUCUCACAGAUGAGUACUAA